AUGAACGACCUUACAUCAUGUACACCGAGUACAUCCUCCUCGUCUGAUGCACUGUCACCGAUGCCGAAGAAGAGGAAGACCGAGAGCAUAACCUCCAUCUCAGAUUCUGAAGACACCCCAGCCUCAUCUUUCAAAUGUUCCGUUGCUCGAUACCUCAUACCCGAACUUUUCGAAGAGAAUGUAAUAGCGAAGAUCUUCCGAACGGCAUCUGCAUCGCUUCACGACCCGAACGUCUUUACCACACCAGGUGGAGUACCGAUUGCGUAUCCGGAAACCGUGCCCCAGGAUGGUCCAACCGCCGGUCGAUACGAGUUUCGAGAUCCGGAGUUUUGGACGUGCGGGUUCUUUCCUGGGAGUUUGUAUGGCCUUCUGGAGCGGUGCAUCAAGCACCCGCGACAGGUAUCCUUUGGACCUGGUGUUGAGCUAUCGAGAGUUCGAGGCGAACUUCGCUCCUUAAGUAAGGCGUGGUCAAAGUCGCUACAUAGUAUGGCCUUCCGGACUGACACCCAUGACAUCGGGUUCAUCGUUAUGCCUGCACUGAAGCGAGAUUGGGAGCUUUUCGGAAAUGAGCAGAGCAUGCGGUCAAUCACUCAGGCUGUUCGAAGUCUGGCGACAAGAUAUGUUUCGACAGCCGGAGCAAUAAGAAGCUGGGACAUUCUGGUAAAGAAAGAGAUCACAGUGACAGACCAAACGCAAAAUGUACUGGUGAUUAUUGAUAGUCUCUGCAAUCUGGACCUCCUGUUCUAUGCUGCAGCCCAUACAGGAGAUGCUUCACUUGCAGCGAUAGCAGAAACGCAUGCCCGGACACUACUUCAAACGCAUCUGCGAGAAGAGAAUGGGAUCACGGUGCCGAAAGGCGGAUACAAAGGACAGCUCUACUCGACGUGUCAUGUCGCAAAUAUCGAUCCGGUAGAUGGGAAUUUGAAAUGGCGCUGGACAGCGCAAGGAUACAACAACGACUCAGCCUGGGCUCGCGGUCAGGCUUGGGCAAUACUGGGCUAUGCGCAGACAUACAUGUGGACGAAAGAGAAUGUCUUCCUGGACGCUGCGUGCGGGACGGCAGAGUACUUCCUGCACCGGCUGGCGACGGCGCCUUCGUGCGUUGAGACGACGACCGACGAUUUUUCUGGGCAUCCAGUUAACGGCAGUCAUGGAGAUAGAAAGAGGACAAUAGGCCGCCAUGUCCCGCUCUGGGACUUCGACGCACCCGUUGAUCCUUCUUCGCCGCUGCGAGAUUCUUCAGCGGGCGUGAUCGCAGCCAAUGGGAUGGUUGUGCUUUUCCAAGCGCUUAUAUCCAUUGGCCAGGAUGACCUUGCUCGGCGCUUUCUAGACGCCGCGGUGAAAAUUGUCCGCGAUACGAUCGAUCUGUGUUUGGCAACCGAGAAGGCUGAGUUCGUGGGGGAGGGUGCUAAGCUGCAGGUCGAGGACGGCAUGCCUGGCAGCACAUUCGAAUCGAUUUUGAAGAACGGGACUGCGAAUAAUAAUCAGCAUGCGAGACGGCGGUAUAGUAACCAUGGGCUUGUGUAUGGGGAUUACUAUCUUAUAGAGUUUGGGAAUCGGUUGCUGGAGUUAGGGCUUGCAUGA